GGGGAGAGACGCAGGUCGAGCGCGCUGGGCCAUCUCGCACGUUGCCGACACAGGCGCUUCUCCGUGGCCGCUCCGGUGGGCUCUCUCGCCGCUUCCGAUCGCCGUGUCCUGUUUUCCCCUCUUUUGUUUUCCCUCGCCGGUGUGCCAGGAAGCGAGGGAGUCCGACGCAGGAUUUAGGGAAAGCUGUGGGAUGAAGAGCGCCGAAAGGAGGCCGACCAAUCGCCCUCCAUUUGAGGAAGAGAAAAUGCGCCCAGAGCUGACCUGAACGCCUCCGAGAGGACACCCCAUUCAUUUAUUUUCUCUAAAUUCAAGAAUGAAGAUUUCAUUUUUUCCUGAAACGCUGAAAUGAUCUCCGUGGACGCAGGUGUCAGGCGCAUAUUAAAAUUGGUCACAGUCACACCUACACGAGCCAGGGGAAAAUGCUGGGGGGUAACUCUCCUUUAUGCCAUGACAUUCCCGGGCCAAAACGGAGCACUUAAGGACAUACCCGAGUGAACGACAUCUCGAAAGGUGAUUGAUGAAGCUAGAACUCAGCGGGUGAGAAGAGAGAGAGAGAGAGAGAGAGAGAGAGAGAGAGAGAGAGAGAGAGAGAGAGAGAGAGAGAGAGAGAGAGAGAGAGAGAGAAGAAACGGAGGAAGAGAAAACAAGAAAAGAGAGCAAGAACAAGAACAAGAAGUACAAGAAAAAAAAAAAAAAAAUGCCACGCCAAUAAAUGCACAGCUAAAACUCAAAAAAACAACAAUUUAUAUCAUGACCGUUUUGUGAAUGAAAAAGAUAACGCAGAACCGGUUAGUGUGUAACCAAAGGAUCCUGAGCCGGUCUUUACCACACAUAUCCACAUGAAUCCGCUGCGUUCGUGGGUGUUCCUUUGAACUCGCAACCACCCGCACCAAGUGAAGGGUCCUGUUAAUGUAAGUCAUUUGUGUUAAGACUUCAUGACUCAUGCCAAACCAGUCAUGCAAGUUCAUGCGGACCUGGUCAUAUAUUUUUUUUCACUCGUCUUUUUAUUAUUAAAGAGGUGAGCCAAAAGUAUUUGAUAACUGAUUGAUAACUGAUUCAGAAAUUUGGGAAAAAGUGGAAGAAUUGUUUAAAAUAAAAAGUGUUGUUAACGUGCUGUUUUGUCUGUGAUAAAUAAAUCGUAAGAAGGAAAAGUGAAAAAAAAGAGAAAAAAAAUUGUAAACAAAAUUGAACGUUCUAAUAAAUUGGCAGAUUGAGAAAUUGAAAGAGCCAAAUUGGUAACCAGAAGAUUAAAAAGAAAAUGAUAUAUAUUAGUGGUGACUGUACAGCCGUUUUCACGCAGAAUUAACGAGAGAGAAACGUCGCUGGAUAUUGGAAGAGGAAAGAGAAGUCAAAGGAUGAACUCAGACAAAAAUCCACGAACAGUAAAGGAACGACCCUAGUCAUACAGACUCGCCGAGGUCACGGAGCCGCAUCGCGCAGAGGGGAGAGCUGAAGGAGACGAAGAAGAAGGAAGAGGAUGAGGAGGUGAAGGAGAAGGAGGAACAACGGCGUCGGGAAAGAAAAGGGGGAGAUGAAAGUUAGCGGUGAAGUGAAGGCAGUGAAGUGAAGUGUCUGCGUCGAAGUGAGUUCGCUGAGGUGGAGGCGAUUGUGCAGUUCCGAUACUGGUGUGAAGUUUAUUGCAUUGUGAGGAGAGGCCGGAGAGAGGCGGUGGUGGAGAGAAGGGGGAGGAAAGGGAAAGGGAGACAAGGAGAGGAGAGAAGACACUGGCAAAGAGGAGGGAGUGAGAGGGAAGGGAAGCAAGAAGGGAGGGCGGGGAAGUGACGAAAGAAGUGAGGGAGAGGGACGGAAUCAGGCCGAGGCAGUGCCAUGUGAGCUCCACCUUCAUAUCCUGAAUGAGAAGACGUUACUCCUUGUGGGAAGCGAGUGCGACAAACUAGGAAAUCUGAGGAGUUGAUGAAAUGAGAUGGCGGGCGAGUGGGCAGCUCAGGGCACGGCGAGUGGAGUGGACACGGCGCUCGUGCUGAGGUGGAAGUGAAAUGACUCCCGAGAUGACUUCCGCUCGAGGGCUGUGAGCGCUGCUACCAUGACCUGGGCGGCACAGGCCGGGGAUCCCGCUGCUGCCGCCACCGCCUCCAGCGUCUUCAUGAGCACCAGCCCCUCCUCCUUCAGCGGCGGGGACAUGAGCGUCGUGGCCACCAUGGUCGGCAACGGGAGCCUCCGCGAAUUCGGAGACAACUGCUCGGAGCCCCUCGGACACGUGGACUGGGGCGACGUGAGGAUGCUCACGUCCCUCACCAUCCUGGUCAUCAUCAACGCUCUCGUGGUGGCGGGGAACUGCCUGGUCAUUCUGGCCGUGUUCCUCUCCAGCAAGCUCCGCACGGUCACCAACCUCUUCAUCGUGUCCCUGGCGGUGGCCGACCUCCUGCUGGGGAUGGCGGUGCUGCCCUUCAGCGUCACGGUCGAGGUCUUUGACACCUGGCUCUUCGGCGAGCUCUGGUGCUCCGUGUGGCUCGCCGUGGACGUGUGGAUGUCCACGGCCUCCAUCCUCAACCUCUGCGUGAUCAGUCUGGACCGGUACGUGGCGGUGACGCGGCCCGUGUCGUACCCGUCGCUGAUGACGUCAUCGCGCGCCAAGCUGCUGAUCGCGUCCGUGUGGAUCACGUCCUUCGUCAUCUGCUUCCCGCCGCUCGUCGGCUGGAACGACCGCCACAAGAACCUGGUGUCCUCGGCCGCCGCGGUGUCGUCCGAGUCGUCGUCCGGGCCCGGGGGCGGCCUGGACGACGAGGUGUCGUGCCACCUGUCGUGCGAGCUCACCAACGACAUCGGCUACGUGGUGUACUCGGCGCUGGGCUCGUUCUUCAUCCCGAUGCUGGUGAUGCUGUUCUUCUACUGGAAGAUCUACUGCGCCGCCGCCGAGACCACGCGCGCCAUCAACCAGGGCUUCCGCACCACCAAGAACAAGAGCUUCCUGGGCAGCCGCUUCGAGGAGGAGCGCCUCACGUUGCGCAUCCACCGCGGCAGGAACUCGGUGCAGGAGCACAACUCGUGCCACAACAGCGCGGAGCGGCGGUUCAACGGCCACGCCAGCGCCCACCGCCCCAGCGCGAGUCCCAAGGGCAAGGUGAGCAGCAUCAAGCUGAAGAACCUGCGGCCGCAGCUCAUCAUGAAGUCCAGCCUCUCGCUGCCGCCGGACCUGCGCUACGACGCCGGCAACUUCAGCCUGCAGGAGCGCUGCGAGCUGUGCGACGCCCAGUGCUCUCGGGACCACAACAACGUGCAGCUGCUCUCCGUGGCCAGGAACCACGAGUGCAGCCACCAGGACUCCUGCUUCACCGUCGACACCACCUUCUCGGGGCUCGGGCCGCGCUCCAAGAGGCAGAUGUCGCCCUCCAACUGCGCCACGGCCCCGUCGCGGAUGCAGUCCCGGAGGUUCCAGGGGCAGGACGGCGACAGCCCCUCCUCCGGGCCCAUCCGGGGGCGCAGCACGGGCACGUCCAGGAUGGGCCGCAGGAACAUCAAGGUGCAGGUGAAGCGGUUCCGAAUGGAGACCAAGGCGGCCAAGACGCUGGGCAUCAUCGUGGGCGUGUUCAUCCUGUGCUGGCUGCCCUUCUUCACCAUGUACCUCGUGCGCGGCUUCUGCCCGCUGUGCAUCCACCCGCUGCUGUUCUCGGUCCUGUUCUGGCUCGGCUACUGCAACUCGGCCAUCAACCCGUGCAUCUACGCGCUCUUCAGCAAGGACUUCCGGUUCGCGUUCAAGAACAUUCUGUGCAAGUGCAUCUGCACGCGGGAGGCCAGGAAGCCGCUCAUGGCCCACCAGCCCUCGAUAUACAUACCCUCGUGCGACAGAGACAAUGACAGUGACGAGAACUACGAGGACAACAAGAGGUAGCACAGAUGGUAGGCUGCGGAGCGCGACCCGUAACUCAUGCAUUUAUAUACCAAAAAUAUAAAACACAUGGAACGAUGGAAGACAGAGA